CGUAAUGAUUAAGGAAAUGGUAAUUGGUAAGUAGCUAUGCCUCUUCCCAUUCUCUUCUCCUUCUCUUGCCUAGAAAAUCAUACGGAGUAAAAUUUAAAGCUUCAAUUUCUCAUUUAAGGGGUUUAUCUUCUCUUCUCUAUUAUAUUUUAAAGAGUAAUUGGUAAGUAGCUUUGAUUUGUCUUUUACAAUUUCAAUUCAGCUAUAUUUAAACUAUAGUUCUAAACCAUGCAUCCAUCUUCUACUCUUCUUUCUUCCUGUGAACUAUUUUAGCAAAAUUGUUUUUUUCAAAAGUUUAGCAAUAUUGUUAGCAAUUGGUGUUCUAAAUAUAUAAUUCAAAUUAAAUUAAAACCGUGCAAUGAAUUAAAAUCUAAAUCUUGAUUGAAUUAAAAACCUUUAAUUUGAUUGUUGAUGUGCAUAUCAUUUGGUUGAUUAAGGGUUGUGUUUUUAAUUUAAAAAUAUUGAGGGCCUCUUUCGAAGCUUCAAUGUCUGAAGAAAGUGCAUUAUUUCAUGACUUCACAAUUUUAUGUAUUGAGAAAACGAUAAUGUUGGUUAAGAUUGACUUUGAUACUAUCAUAGAUGACUUUGGCACUUUGCAUCCAAGAAUUUUAGAAGAAAUUGGUUUUUGUGAACUACUGAGUAUUAGUUUUAGGAAGGAGGUUGAUCUUAUUUAAUUUAAAGAAUUUAUUAUUAAUAGUAAAUAUCUCUUGUUCUACAUCUUUCUAAUAUUAAGGGUCUUUUUUCUAAACAUGUCACGGGUCUCUAAAAUGUCAGGAACGGGCCUGGGAACAAUAACUUAUAAUAUGUGAAGUGGAAGAUGAUAGGGAGUAGGAGCUUGCAACUCUCCCUUCUUCUAUUUGCUCUACUAUGAGCUGGACCCUGCUGGUGGGCUAUGCUAGGCUUUAGUCCGUCUGGAGAAUCGGAAAACUCCUGUUUUUUACGAGCAAGUCGUCUUCAUCGCAUCUACUUCAAAUUUACAAAUUAAAGCCUCAUGAAGACGGCUAAGUUGUUAAUUGGCAACACGUCAAAGUUUUCAGCACAUUCGAGCUCUUGCAAAAUCACUUGUUCAAGACUAACCAUUGUUAAAACACUUGAUCGAAAUUACUUUAGAAUUAAUAUUUUGAAAAAUAGUAUUACCUCUGUCCCACUCAACUUUGCCAAGUUGAUGUUAGGUGGAAAAUUAAAAUAGUAAAAUUUGUGUGGUUGAGGUUUGUGCAAAGGAGAGAGAAAUGAAGAGAAUCACAAAAACAUUGCUUUAAAAGGAAAGUGUCAAAGUUUUUUAGGACAAACAAAAAAAGAAAGUUGGCAAAGUGCAGUAGGACGGAGAGAGUAUUGGUUGCUGCAAAAAUUAUAUACGCAGUACAUUUUUUCUACAAAAGACCAACGCAGAGUCAAAAGUAAGAAGGGAAAAGUACGGAAAAAGUACUUAUGGUUGGGCUCAUUUUCAAAUAGGGUCAUGUGUUUCAUUCUUUAUCAAAGUAGUUCAUGUGUUUGAAUUUCGUUAUCACAAGAGGGUCACGCCGUAAAAAACGUCUGAAAAUGACCGUUAAAAGUAAUUCCGAUUUUCAAAAGUGUCCGAACAAUUAAAAGAAAAAUACGGAAAGAUGGCCGAAAAAAAGGUCAUUCCGUUUUUUAAAAAUGAUUUCGCUAAUAUCACUUUUCCGAUGGACUUUCUUGUGACAAGAGUGGCUGAAAACAAAAAAGAAAGAUGGCUUAGCGGUCGUCUUAUUGAGGCGCAUCUUCCGGUAUUUUUAUUUUAAUUUUUCACACUUUUGAAAAUCAGAGUUACUUUUAACGGUCUUUUUCAGACGUUUUUAACGGCGUGACCCUCUUGUAAUAACGGAAUUCAAACACAUGAACCACUUUGAUAAAGAAUGAAACACAUAACUCUAUCUGAAAACAGACUCAAAGUACCUUUUCCGUACUUUUACCAAGUAAGAAAUAUUUUACAAGUAAAGCAAAAUAAAUUAUUGCACAAAUUGUACACAUGCAUUUUUCAUUUUUCUCAAAGUUUGUUUAGCCACCGAUGGAGUUUGUUUAUCGAAAACCCCUAAAUUUCAAUUUGACCAUGUCUCCGAGACUCAAAUCCAAAACCUUUUAAAUUUCAAGUGUGGUCUAUCCUAAAUACGUGUUUUUUAAUGCGUACAAAUAUUCCUCUUAUUUUGUUUUUUGUUUUCCUUCUUAGUGUUGUCCCUGAGGGGUUACUGCAACUAAAAGUUAAACUCCUUUAGCACAACGCUGCAUUUCCCUGCACUCUAGUAUGAUGACCCUUCAUCAGAAACCUUGUGGCAAAGCAAGGGAUUAGUCUUACAUGAUGAUAAUAUGCAAGCGACAAUUUGUCAAACAUCUUAUAGCCAAUAUAAAGAAUGUUAAUUCACUCUCAUUGGCGCAGCAAUCAAGGAUGUGUUCCUCCUCUCAGAAUGCAAAGUUCUGGAUAUCGCCACAGAAGUCCCGUCUCUACGUUUCAUUCUUCUGUACCCUCAUCCACAUCUUCCUCCGCUGCCGUCGGUUCUCGAUGGCACAUGCCGCAUUCUCCACCAUGCGGGGUUGCAAUUUGGUCCCCGACCUCUGUUUCUGGAACCGCCUACUGCUACAGUUUAACAUUUUCGGGGAUGUUGAUCAGGUGAUGCUUCUGUACUUUGAUAUGCUCUCUUGUGGAGUUGUUCCAAAUGUGCACACCCGAAACGUAGUGAUACAUUCUCUCUGCAAAAUAGGGAACACUGAACAGGCUAUCCAGUUAGUUAGGAAGAACGAGAGUGAUAAUGUUAGUUACAAUACUUUGAUAUGGGGCUUUUGCAGAAAGGGGCUUGUAGAAGCUGGGUUCGGGCUGGUAUGUGAAAUGGUCAAGAAGGAUAUUUCUGUUGACAAUUUCACUUGUAAUAUACUAAUUAAGGGGUUCUGCGAAAGGGGUUUGCUGCUUAAAGCAAGAUGGGUGAUGGAAAUGUUUUGCCAUACCGAUCAGGCUAUUUGUAAAGAUAUUGUGGGGUUUAACACCAUUAUACAUGGCUAUUUUAAGGCUCAUGAAGUGAGUGAUGGUCUUGAGAUUGCAGAAGGUAUGGGUCACGAGGGUGUGUUGCCUGACAUUGUUACUUACAAUAUUUUGAUUAAUGGAUUCUGCAAAAUGGGAGAUUUUGCUACUGCCAAGAGUCUAAUGGAAGAACUCCUGGAGUGUGGUAAUGUUAACUCCACUGAAAAUAUGGAUAGAAUGUUAUCUAUAAAACCUAAUGUCAUUACAUAUACCACACUUAUAAGUAACUUAUGUAAGCAGUCCGAAAUGGAUAAAGCACUAUGUAUGUAUGAAGAGAUGACUAAGAAUGGGUUACUCCCAGAUCUUGUUACUUAUAGUUCCCUAAUACAUGGGCUUUGCAAAUGCGGAAGGAUUCUUGAUGCCAAACAAAUCUUUGAGGAGAUGAAGAUUGUCGGGGUGGACCCUAAUCACAUUACCUACUCUAUUUUGAUUGAUUAUUUGCUUAAACAUGGGGAUGUAUGUACUGCUUCUGCCCUUCAAUGCCAAAUGGUGGUUCAUGGAAUAAGCUUUGAUAAUGUGGUAUUGACCAGUUUGAUGUAUGGGUUGUUUAAGGCUGGGAAAGCUAGGGAUGCAGAGAGAAUGUAUCAAACUCUUAUAAAUUUUAAUAUGGAUCCAAACUAUAUCACUUAUACAGCAUUAUUAGAUGGCCGAAUCAAAUGUGGAGACAUGGAGAGUGCAGAGUUUCUUUUGCAAGAAAUGGAACAGAAAAAGGUUGUGCCCAAUAUUUUUACAUUUUCUGCUUUAAUUAAUGGCUAUGUCAAAAGGGGAAUUCCUGAUGCAGCUAUGGCUUCCAUGAAGAAGAUGGUGCACAAUAAUGUCAUGCCUAAUGUGUUCACAUAUGGUAAUAUGAUUGACGGUUGCUUCAAGGAUGGUAAGAAAGACAUGGCUCUUUCCCUCUAUGAGGAGAUGAAAUCAUUUGGAAUAUUAGAUAAUAAUUUUGUACUGGACGCUUUCGUAAAUAAUUUCAAAAGGCAAGGAAAGAUCGAAGAAGCAGAGGCCUUACUAGGAGACAUGGUAUCUUCGGGAGUCAAACCUGAUCUUGUUAACUAUACAUCACUGAUGGAUGGGCUAUUUAAAUCAGGGAAACACUCAGCUGCUCUUGAAUUGGCCCAAGAGAUGAAAGACACAGGUUUAGGGUUUGAUACAGUUGCUUACAAUGUAAUGCUGAAUGGGCUGUUAAGGAGUGGGCAAUAUGAAGUGUACUCUAUUUACAGUGAAAUGAAACACUUUGGUUUAGUUCCUGACCUUUUGUCUUUCAACACUAUGAUCCAUGCUUGCUGCAAGGAAGGUAAACUGGAAAACGCUUUCAAUAUUUGGAAAGAGAUUAGUGGCCAUGGACUAAAGCCCAACUCAGUUACGUGUAAUAUUAUGCUGAGGGGACUGUGUGAAGUUGGCGAAAUUGAUAAAGUGAUGGAAUUGUUAAAUGAGAUGCAGAGAACGGGUCUUCAGCCUACACGAUCCAUUUAUAAAGUCUUGAUUGGUGUUGCAUCUAAAGAUAGGAAAGCUCAGAGGAUUCUAGGAAUGCAUAAACGACUUAUAAGCAUGGGGCUUAAGGUUGACCAAACAGUUCACAACACCCUCAUAAGUACAUUUUGCAGGCUAGGGAUGACUGCAUGUGCAACAUCACAACUAGAGAAAAUGAGAGAAGGGGGAUUUUCCGCUGACGUUAUUACUUACAACUCAUUUAUUCAUGGAUAUUGUAAAAUAUCCUUUACUAAUAAAGCUUUAGAAACAUAUUCUAAGAUGCUUGUUGAAGGAGUUUCUCCUAAUGUUGCAACGUACAAUCAUCUUUUUGAAGGUCUAACUGCUUCUAGAAGGUUUCAAGAAGUAGCUGUCUUACUUGAGGAGAUGAGGCUAAGAGGUCUUGUCCCUAAUGCUAACACAUUUGACACUUUAAUCUCAGGGUAUGGAAAGAUGGGAUAUAAAAAGGAAGCCAUAAUGGCCUAUUGUGAAAUGAUAACAAAAGGCUUUGUUCCUCGUAUCAGUACUUAUAAUGUGCUUAUGAGUGAGUUUGCCAAAGUUGGGAAGAUGAAACAAGCUCAAGAACUCAUGCUUGAGAUGCAAGGUAGGGAAGUACAGCCAAAUGCUUCAACAUAUGACAUACUUGUUUCUGGAUGGUGCAAGCUAUCAAAACAUUUACAACUUGAUAGAUAUUUUAGAGUGUCUUGCCAAGCUGAGGUGAAGAGGUUACUUCAUGAGAUGAAUGAAAAAGGCUUUACUCCAAGUGAAUCCACUCUUUCUCACAUAAGUCCUGCUUUGGGAAAACCACGAAAACAAACCCCCUGGUGAUUGGAUGAAAUUUUUACCAGGGAAAAAAUUAGUUGACUGUUUAUGGGGAAACUGACCUGAACUCCAGGAUUGGUUAUGUUUGGAUUUUAGUACGAAAAUGUUGCAUGCUGAGCAGCAGAAGUGGUGGUGGAGAAGGCCUAUCAUAUUGACAUGAAGACAAUGUGUCAAAGAGAUGCAAGCAAUUGAAACUUAAAGCAUAGGAGCGUAUAAUUUAAGUGGCUUGCUAAGUAGCGGGAACGUGAUUGGAAAAGGCGUAUGAUAUUUGACAUGAAGGAGCAAUGUCAUUGAAGCUGGUGAAGUUGAGCCAUUACGAUCGAUGACUGAUCCCAAUAUAAAGCUUCCCAAGGUGUGUAGAUGAUCCUCAUAUGAAGGCUAAGUUAAGUGACCGAAGUCUUGAGCACGAAGAGGAAGAACGAAGUCUUGAGCGCGAAGAGGAAGAACGAAGUCUUGAGCGCGAAAAGGAAGAACGAAAUAACCCUUGAAGCCGUUAAGGUCAACGAAGUCACUCAGAAUGUGGGAGACAUUAACUUAAUUUUGAACUAUGGUGGCACCCUUAAAAUCUCCUCUCCUAUGGAAUAUAGUAAUGGCCGCAUAGAGAUAAUUAAGAGUGACCCUGAUGUAGUAAGUUAUCCACAUCAAAAGGGUCUUACCAAUGUCAUUCAGAGCUUACUCCCUCAAGCUGAACAUAGAAAUUGUGCAAGACACAUUCAUGCAAACUGGAGCAAGAACCACAGAGGGAAAUUCAUGAAGCAGUUGUUCUGGAUGUGUGCUAGGUCCACAUGUGAGACACAACUUCAGGAGUGGCUUCAAGAGCUUCAAAAAAAAGACCCUGCUGCAAGAUUUGAAAAUAUAUCCUUUCAAAAACUGGUGCAAAGCCUUCAUUAGGACUUCUGUGAAAUGUGAUGCAGUUGACAACAACAUGUCAGAGGCUUUUAAUCGUACAUUGGUGGGGUGUAGGAGCAAACCCAUCAUUCCCAUGCUAGAAGACAUAAGGAUUCAAAUGAUGCAGAGAAUUGCUAAGAAGAGGGACCUAGCUGAAAAAUGGAAAGGAGGAAUCUGCCCUAACAUUAAGAAGAUUCUGAAUGCUAACAUAAUGCGAAGUUCAAAGUGGAGGGUGGUAUUCAAUGGAGAUGAUGGGUUUGAGAUAAAGAGGGAAGUAUCAAUACAAGGUGAAGCUGGAGGGAGGUACAUGCUCUUGCAGAUCUUGGGAGUUGACUGGAAUUCCAUGCCAGCAUGCUAUAUGUGCAAUGUUUGAUCAGGGGAAAGAUCCAGAAGGUUAUAUUGAUGACUGUUACUCAAUUUCUGCUUUCAAACAAACCUAUUCCUACACUUUGGAACCAAUCAAUGGGGAAAAGGCUUGGCCUACAGUUCAAGGAGAGAAAAUACACCCCCCUGCACCAAAAAAAAUGACUCGACGCCCAAAGAAAAAAAGAGUUCGGGAGGAAUCUGAGCCUUCAGCAGGCAAGCUGUCAAGGAAGGGAAGGGUGAUGACAUGUUCCCUUUGUAAGCAAAAGGGGCAUCAACGCCAUGUAUGUCCAACAGUUGCACCAGGAAGUCAUCAAUCAGUGAGGGGAGGUAAGGGUUCCAGAGGUGGCAGAGGAGGAAGAGGUGGAAGAGCUGGACGAGGUCAAAGGGCUGUAGGAGUUGGAACAAGUGAACCUUCCGGGGCUUCAAGAGCUGGAAGAGGAAGGGGUGGAAGGGGAAGGGGGGG